AAUCAGACUAUGUUCAGCUUAGAGAAACCCUCACCAUAGUGACCAAAGAACGAGAUUUGGCUGUGAAGGAGAAACACCAGCUCCAAGCCAAGCUGGAGAACUUAGAGCAGGUCCUAAAGCAUAUGCGAGAGGCUGCUGAACGGCGGCAACAGCUGGAAUUAGAGCAUGAGCAAGCCUUGGCUGUCCUCAACGCAAAGCAGCAGGAAAUUGAACUCCUGCAGAAGGCUCAGGUUGAAGCAAAGAAAGAACAUGAAGGCGCAGUUCAGCUGCUAGAGAACACCUUGGACAGCAUGCAGGCCAAGGUACGAGAGCUAGAGGAGAAAUGUCGGACGCAGAGCGAACAGUUUAACCUCCUCUCCAAGGAACUGGAGAAGUUUCGGCAGCAAGCUGGAAAGAUUGAUCUCUUGAGCAGUAACUCGGUGGCAUCCUCAGAUGUCCUUGGCUCCCCUAGUAAAUCUCUGUCCCAGUUAAUGAAUGGAAUAGCCACCUCCAUAGGCAAAGGUAACGAAAGCCCCUCUGGAAGUCGUUGUGUGAUUUCGGAGUUUAUACGACCCCUGCAGAUAUCUGGUGACAAACCAGAACAGUUGUCCGUCAAACCUACUUUUCUGUCCAGGUCAAGAUCCGGCAGCCCAAGAUGCAGAUUUGAUUCAGACAUGGAUAAUGAACGGAAUUCCAAUACCUCAAAGCAAAGAUAUUCUGGGAAAGUCCAUCUUUGCAUCGCCCGUUAUAGUUACAACCCGUUUGAUGGACCAAAUGAAAAUCCAGAAGCAGAGCUCCCCCUUACAGCAGGAAAAUACCUCUAUGUGUAUGGAGACAUGGAUGAAGAUGGCUUCUAUGAAGGUGAACUUCUAGAUGGACAAAGAGGACUGGUCCCUUCAAACUUUGUGGAUUUUGUUCAAGAUAAUGAGUCCCGUUUGUCAAGCACCGUAGGCAGCGAGCAGGAUCAGAAUUUUAUCAACCAUUCGGGUCAUGCUUUGGAAGGAGAUAGUCUAUUGGAGCUCAAUCCGCCGAGUCACAUAGAGUCCAGUGUAAUCAACAAUGGCACGGGAACUCUUGAUAUGAACAUUGAUGAAAUUGGAGAAGACAUUGUGCCUUAUCCUAGAAAAAUCACCCUUAUUAAACAACUAGCCAAAAGUGUUAUUGUGGGCUGGGAGCCACCAGUAGUGCCACCUGGAUGGGGAACCAUUAACAGCUACAAUGUCCUGGUUGACAAAGAAAUACGGAUGAAUGUGUCCUUUGGAAGCAGAACUAAAGCUCUUAUAGAAAAACUUAACAUUGCUACUUGCACAUACCGAAUAUCAAUUCAGACCAUUACGAGUAGGGGUAACUCAGAUGAGCUACUAUGCACUUUGUUAGUUGGGAAGGAUGUAAUUGUAGCACCCUCUCAUCUUAAGGUGGACAACAUAACCCAGAUUUCCGCUGAGCUGUCCUGGCUUCCUACCAAUAGUAAUUACAGUCAUGUGAUCUUUCUGAACGAAGAAGAGUUCGACAUUGUCAAGUCUGUUAGCUACAAGUACCAGUUUUUUAAUUUGAAGCCCAACAUGGCCUACAAGGUGAAGGUCAUGGCAAAGCCCCAUCAGAUGCCCUGGCAGCUUCCUCUGGAGCAACGGGAAAAAAAGGAAGCCUUUGUGGAAUUUUCUACAUUGCCAGCAGGUCCUCCAGCUCCACCUCAAGAUAUUACCAUACAGGCUGGGUCCACACCAGCUACUAUACAGGUGUCCUGGAAACCACCAACCCUUACAUCCACAGGGACCUCCAACGGAGCAAACGUUACUGGCUAUGGUGUUUAUGCAAAAGGCCAAAGGGUGGCAGAGGUGAUCUUUCCAACAGCAGAGAACACCUUCGUGGAGCUCAUGAGAAUACGGAACGUAGAAGCUAAGGAAGUUACCGUGAGAACACUUUCCGCACAAGGGGAAUCUGUGGACUCUUGCGUUGCUGCCAUUCCACCUGACCUAUUGGUGCCUCCAAUCCCUCACCCUCGGACUGCUCCCAAAUCAAAGCCAUUAGCAAGUGCCGGGGCCCCAGAUACCAAAGAUGAACAUUUAGGUCCACGUUUAAAAAUGGAUGAGUCGUGGGAGCAGACUCGUUCAGCAUCCCCCAUUCAUGGACACACAUUGGAGCCUCCUACCCCCAACUUUCAAAGCCCGCUUCAAGGAAGGAGGUCUCCCUCGCCUAAUCGAAUACUCCCUCAGCCGCAAGGCACACCCGUCCCGAACACUGUUGCUAAAGCCAUGGCGAGAGAAGCUGCCCAGCGGGUUGCAGAGAACAACAGGAUGGAGAGAAGGAGUGUGUUUAGCGAAAGGAGUAAUAUGGCACAUUAUGCAAACUCAGAUGAGGAGGAAGACGGCUACGAUUCUCCCAGCAUUAAAAGGAGAGGGGCUUCCGUCGACGAUUUCUUAAAAGGCUCAGAGCUUGGAAAGCAGCCGCACUACUGCCAGGGUGAGGAGUACCAUACGGAGAGCAGUAGGGGCUCCGACUUAUCCGAUAUCAUGGAGGAAGAUGAAGAAGAGCUGUACUCAGAAAUGCAGCUGGAGGAUGGAGGAAGAAGACGAGUCAGUGUAACAUCACACAACACACUCAAGGAAUGCUCAAAGAAUAGGACCACUGAAGCCGCUUUUUUGGAACGGCCUGACUUUUCACAGCAGAUACACCACAGUAAAAAGCUUUUCAGUAUCCCAGAAGUAGCCGAAGAGGAUGUUGAAUAUUCUGAACUAUUGCACAAACAGGGUUUUGGUACGCCCUAUAAAAUGAAACCUAUGGUAGCUAGCUGCACUAGACCGCCUAGACCCUACAAUCAAGACAAACAGCACAACUUCUGGUACCCAGCCAAGCACAGAAUUUCAGGCAUGGAGGAUUUUGCUUCAGAAGACAAAGGAUAUAACUACAGUAGAUCCUUAACGAGAAGCCCUGACAGCGGACUAGACUGUGGAAGUGAGGAAGAAGAAUCUCGUUUUAAUUUCAGAAAUGCUUAUGAUUUGAUUUCUGCCAAUGUUGCGCCUAGCUGUUGUGCAGAGACAGAUAACUGUUCAUGCAGAAAAAGCACAAAGCCAUUGCUUGCUCGCAGGAAAACUUUAACCAGGCAAAGCAGCAUUGAAGAAGACUUUGAUGACCUGGGUCCUUCCCUUAUAGAGCCCAGAAGUGAGGAAGCCAAGCCCAGUUAUGAGAGAAAGUCUGAGACUCAAAAAUGCAAUAGAACAGAUCAUUUGACUAGCAAAGAUGUUCAGCGAGUCUGGAAGAUCAACUUACAAGUGAAUGACUCUAGGGCAGCUGUUCCACAUGCAGAGCCAUCCCUCAGAGAUGCAGAAGACUCUCUGCUUUUAGGGAAUCCAUCAUCCACUGGACGACCUGACAGGGUGGAGCACAUGGGUCGAAGGUUGUCUCAUGCCAGUGCAGUCCCACAAAGGUCUCGACCAAUGUUGGUCCCUUCCAUUGAAAUUACAAUGGACAGUAACAGUGAAGGCGGUCGGUCUCGGUCAGGUAGUGAGGGAAAUAUUUCCCCUGUAAAAGAAGAAGCGUAUAAUCGCAGCACUGAUGGACACAGGAAAUGGUCACAGCAGCGUACCAUGGCCUCUGACUAUAGAUACGAUGGAUACUGUAGUCGGGACCAUCUUUCUCCAGAUAUUUAUGAAGAAUCAGAAACAGAUCCUGGCACAGAGGAUAUUUCUCCUCGAAUAUUUGUUGCCCUCUUUGAUUAUGAUCCAUUGACAAUGUCCCCCAAUCCUGAUGCUGCAGAAGAAGAGCUACCAUUUAAAGAAGGACAGAUCAUUAAGGUUUAUGGAGAUAAAGAUGCUGAUGGAUUCUACCGGGGAGAAACUUGCACAAGACUUGGCCUCAUUCCAUGUAAUAUGGUCUCUGAAAUCCAAGCAGAUGAUGAAGAAAUGAUGGAUCAGCUUCUGAAACAAGGGUUUCUUCCUCUGAAUACACCUGUAGAAAAAAUAGUCAACUGUGACCGUUUCAAAGAGAGCACACGCUCUGUACACCGCAGAUCCAGAAAGUCAAAAAGAGAAAGGAACAGAAGGAGUGGCAGACAGCAUUCUGUGUCAACACGGAGGAUGGUGGCACUAUACGAUUAUGAUCCAAGAGAAAGUUCUCCUAACGUUGAUGUGGAGGCUGAGCUUACCUUUUGUACAGGAGACAUUAUCACUGUCUUUGGUGAAAUAGAUGAAGAUGGGUUUUACUAUGGUGAGCUUAAUGGACAGAAGGGGCUGGUUCCUUCAAACUUUCUUGAAGAAGUGCCUGAUGAUGUAGAAGUCUAUCUUUCUGAUGCACCAUCACGAUAUGUUCAAGACACACCAUUGCGUACAAAAGCAAAAAGGAAGAAGAGUGUUCAUUUCACACCUUAAUAAGGCAAUGUAGCCUUCACGUAAGUGAGCAACUGAAGAUACCAAUAAAGAUAUCAGUUAAAGCCACCUGACAAUAUCUAAUGCAACAGUCUUGAAACUUAACUGUGAAAAAAAGAAAUAUGUCUCCAAAAUCAAUGGCCCCAAAGUAACAGGAUACAGACAUUUACUGUAUGUACUUGUAAGUCAGUGUUUGCAUGAGACAAAGAAAUCCUUUGACAUGGCUAUUAAGGGUUUUUCACCCCAUCUAAUUAGGGUUAACUUUAUGAAGGUCAGCAUUUGGAACAUAUUUCUCCAUGAGCUAAAUGUUUCUGUUUACAUCAAAAGAAGUGUUCAAUGUCUAAUUGUGCUACCGAUAAAAGCUGCAUAUUGAAUCAUUAGCCAACCUGAGAUACACAAACUCAUUAAGUUCCUAAAUACAGAAAAAAAGCACAACACCCACCCUUAAAUAAUAAGCAAGUGAGUUGUAAGCAGAUAAAUACAGAAGUUUACAGAGGUAUAUAGUUCUGAAAUGCAAUCACAAAUAUCUGCUUAAACCGUCUGCCUUAAAAUCUGUUUCCCACAAUCAGUUGUACCCCAGUUUGCUAUGACUAUAGCCAGUCAGUAAUUCUGAAAUCGCACACACACACACACGCCACAAUUUACUAGGACUGUCCAUAUCAGUGCAAAUGCUUAUGAAACACUUUAGCAGUGGUUUGGUUUACCAAUGCAAUAAAAAUGUGUCAAUAUGAAACAUGCAGCUCACCCAAUGAAUGCAUUAGACUAAAUAUAUGGUAUCUUCAGGUGUACGUUGGGGGUGCUUUACCAAGUUGUUUUUCAUUAGAAUUAGACCUUGAUUUAAAAUCAAAGUAGGCUUGAAGUCCCUUUGCUUAAUAAACUGUUGCACGAUAAGACAGCAAACUGCUAAAUGUAUUAAUGUUGUCUUAAUUGGAAUUAAAAAUAAUAGGGAUCCUGAGGCAUGGUUUAUACUACACAGUAUCAUCUUACAACAUACAGCACCACAUUUUGUCAGCAGGGCACAGUAGUUGCAUUAGGAGGAAUAUAAAUAGUUUAGUGUUCAUUCAAGUGCUUUUUGAUGAUUAAAAUAGCUUUGUUUAAAAUAUUUAGGAAUGCUGUCAUGUUCUAAGUAUCGUACAACAAGGGUUUAUCUUCACCUGGCAAUCAUAUAGCCGCAGCACACACCAAGCAAUCAGGGUCUUUAAGCUUUCUUUGAUUGCAAUUAAGGUUCAUUUUAGCUUUUUUUUUUUCCUUUCUUUCUUUCAACCAGUGUGCCAUCUUCUUAAAUACCUAUAUACAGUAUGCUAACCUGUUGUAAGAAAAUGCGUUCAAAGGACAUCAAAAUUUUAAGUGAUAAUCUUUGCACAUACAGUAAUUCCUUCUGGAAACUGUUUGGAGUAUAGAGCUGGCUCUAUAGUAUAUAAUCCCCUUUGCUGUUUAAUUUUAUAAAUAUAAUUCCCUAGCUAUAAAUGACCCCCUUCAUUCGUGCACUCUUAAGAGUGCUGAAGCACAAAAUUUGUGAUUUUUGCCAAAACGAUGGCAAAAUAAGAGGCUCCAGCUCUGUUCAAAAAAAAUGUAACCAACUUGAGGACCCACUGAAGUGUGUAUUUUUCGCUCUAUACCUUUGCUCACAAUGUUAGUUGUGGGAAGCUGUAUUUAUGUAUUGUCUCUAUUUCCCUAUGGCAUACUUAAAACUAUUGAAAGAAGAAUUGAGCCAGCCCUUUUUUUUUUUUUUUUUUUGAAGUGGGUAAUGGGACAAAAAUUAUGUUACCAACUUUCUUGAGUGCUUUCAAACAUUCAGUAAACUAUAAUAAUAUACCUAAUAGGUUCCUCCUGAGAAUACAGGUACAUCAAGGAGAGCACCAUCUCCCACAGUCCAUCUCCAUUCUGGGUCACCUACGUCAUCUAUGGGUUCUGGUAGUCCCGGGAGAGGCAGGGAAAUGUCCUCGAAA